UCAUUCAUUUCUUCCCUGAAGCCUUUUGCCAUGUGGUUCUACUUGGCUGUGUUGCUGGUCCUUUAUUUCUUUCGCCGAUGGUACCGUGAGAGACAGACUGUGGAGAACCUGACACAGAAAUAUGUCUUCAUCACCGGCUGUGACACUGGCUUUGGGAACCUGCUUGCCAGGCAGCUGGAUCUGAAGGGCAUGAGGGUUUUAGCAGCAUGUCUCACCCAGAAGGGGGCUAAGGAGCUGGAGAAGGCCACAUCCGACCGCUUGAAGACCACCAUCCUGGAUGUGACCAGCACAGAGAGUGUUGUCGCCGCUGCCGAGUGGGUGAAACGAUGUGUGGGGGACAAAGGGCUCUGGGGUGUAGUAAAUAAUGCGGGCAUAGGUGUACCAUCGGGUCUCAAUGAGUGGCUGACUAAGGAAGACUUCAUGAAAAUCUUAAGUGUCAACUUGCUUGGGGUGAUUGACGUGACGCUGCACAUGUUGACCCUGGUGAAGAGAGCCAGAGGAAGAGUGGUCAACAUGGCCAGCAUGAUGGGAAGACUGGCAUUAUUUGGUGGAGGCUACUGUCCAUCCAAGUUUGGUGUGGAAGCAUUCUCUGACAGUCUGAGGCGAGAGAUGCUUUCUUUCGGGGUCCAUGUCAGCAUUGUUGAGCCCGGCGCUUUCCGUACACCCAUUAUAAUGACCGUAGGAGACAACUUCAAGGAUUUGUGGACGCGGUUACCUUCCGACAUCAAAGUACAAUAUGGGCAGCAGUAUUUUGAGAACUAUCACAAAAAAUUGGUAGAACUCCUCCAGUUAGGAAGCACGAAUCUCUACUUGGUCACGGACUCCAUAGAACAUGCUCUGACGUCCUGCCACCCUCGCACUCGUUACUCACCAGGCUGGGAUGCUAAACUCUUCUACAUUCCUAUCUCCUACUUACCAACCACAGUAGUAGACUAUAUACUGACCCGUCUGCUGCCCAAACCAGCACAAGGGAUAUAGUUGGUUUUCUAGAAACAGCAUUAACAUCGAUUGAACAAGCCAAUCAACUUCAGAAUGGAUACAACUGACACUUUACCUUUUGAAACUCUUUUCAGAU